ACUCAAAAUCCAAUGGACCGCUCCAACCUGCGUUUUCGAUACCUUUGUUGGUUUAGUCAGCCAUCAGCAUCAUCUUUGAACCAAAUUCUCACGUUCCUAUCUUCUUCAAAUACCCAUCAAAAUUUCAAGAAAUCUUGGACGAUUACUCAACAAGUCCAGAGGGAAAAUUAGCCAAUGGCAAAGAUAGGGUUAUUUGAUCUUGAAAAACACUUUGCUUUUUAUGGGGCGUAUCAUAGCAAUCCAGUGAACGUCUUCAUCCACAUGUUGUUCGUUUGGCCAAUUUUGUUUACAUCUCUUGUGAUUCUCUAUUUCACACCCCCGUUGGUUGAUCUCUCUUUACCAUAUAGUUUGAUUAUGAAUUAUGGCUUCUUCUUCACUGUGAUCUAUGCUGGAUUCUAUGUGUCUUUGGAUGUGAAAGCUGGUUCUUUGGCUGGUUUUCUCUGUUUUCUUUGUUGGGUAUUUGGGAGCUUUCUUGCUCAUCAUUUGGGAUUCUCUCUUGCUUGGAAGGUUGUCUUGGUUGCUCAGUUAUUCUGCUGGACUGGACAAUUCAUAGGACAUGGCGUAUUCGAGAAACGCGCACCUGCUUUGUUGGACAACCUAGCACAAGCCUUCUUGAUGGCACCCUUUUUCGUGUUGUUAGAGACUCUUCAAAUGGCGUUCGGUUAUGAACCAUAUCCGGGGUUUCAUGAACAUGUUAAAGCCAAAGUAGAUGCAGGUAUCCAAGAGUGGAAGGAGAAGAAGCAAAAGAAGAUUUCAUAAAUAUUAUAUGUCAAGUAACGAAAAACUUCUGUUACAUACAAAACAUUCGUGUUGCAAACUAUAUGUUGUUUUCAUUAUGUAUAACAAAAUCAAAAUGAUGCUUUGCAAAUUCAUCAUAUGUUUGUUCCC